UUAUUUAUUUAUUUAUGUUUUGAAUGGGUGGGCUAUGAACUGUAGGACAGAGGGGGACGACCUACCUCCCACCCCAAACCUCCGGCGCUCAUAUUACGGGGCGGGGACCAAGGGGCUCUUUGCCUAGGUCAUUCUGAGCCCAUGGGAGGGAGGGUGCUUCUUGGCUCUCAAGAAGCUUUGUAAACAGAGGCUGCAGCCAGGCUGACUUUUGCCUUCACACAUUCCUUUGGGGCCAGCACAGGAAGUUGACAGAAGACUGGGGGCGGGCAUACUAAUCGGGCGGACUGGGAUCAGGGGCAGAUCGGGGCCCUCAGGCGGGGAGACCGAGGCCCCGGGGCCUGAACGGCGACGGGGAGUCGGGGUUACGGCGGCGGCGAAAUGUGUAAGAGCUUUGGCACCGACAGGAGACUCCUGACAGUUUCUGGGUAGCCAAGUACCCAAGAGGAACCACAAAAUCUGCGGGCAGUCUGGGCUGCUGGCUCUACAUCGGCGUAACCUGAGGCAGCGAGGUUGAGGUGGGAAGACACCUGAGGCAUUUCCAUGGUCCAUCCCUUGCUCUCUACUUGACAUCUUCCAUGGUCAUUGGUGAGGUGAAGCCACAUCCAUCUUAUCGGAGACAACUGGUUGACCAGAUAUCAGAACCCAGCUUCUUCGGUAUUUCGGUAUGGAUGGGAGACUAGUGGUUUCUCUAGGAACCCUUCAAUGCCAGAUUGUGACUCCUGAGGCACCAGACUCCAGGACCGAGUCACCAAUGGAUUCUCAGCCUGUGGUGAGCAUGAAGAGAGCCACAAUUGUAGCGCUCAGACUGUAUGAUAGUGUGGACUAAUACACAUGGUGACUUUUCAAAAGCAGCUUUGAUGCCUAGAGAUGGAGCUCAGUUGAUAGAGUCCUUGUUUAGCGUGCAAGAGACCCUGCGUUCGCUCCUCAUCACAGAUCUGCGUUGGGAAAAUUAAGCUAAACACUGUACACAAAAGGGUCGGAAUCAAUGAGCAGACACAGACAAGUGCAGGAGCUGUUCACACAAGCUUUCCAACUGGAAGCUUCGGCUGAUCAGAAUGCUCACAAGAUAGGCUGAGCCAAAGUGUGAAUCAGAGGACAGCUCGGCUGGGCUCCCCAACCAGAGGCCCAGGCUACAGCCCUAGUGGCCUCUAGGGGGCGCCGCUGGGAAGCUUGUGGUUUGGCACCUCCAAGCUCAGUUGUGAUGGGCGGACUCCGACCCCUAAAGGCCCCAGGUUCCACUGGCUAGCCCCUGGCUGAUUGUACCCAGAGUGGAUCCGACUCACAACGACACCCGCCUCCGAUCCCACCAUACCGGUGUUGUGUUGCUCGCCGCUGCCUCAUUUCUAUCAUCGCCCCAGGUAGAGCCCUAAAUCCUGGCCGGCCGGAUGUCCAUAUGCCUGUCUGUUCAUUUUGGGUGACCGUGGGUCGGUGCGCCCUACUCCUGCCGUGGCAUGUGCAGAGUUAAGGCGGGAGGAGGUUUCCCCGAAUCUGGGGAGGGGGGAGCGAGGGGCGGACCCGGUCCAGCCCCGCCCCACGCCGGAGCGGUGCGGGAGCCCCACCAGAGCCCAGCUUCAGCCCUAGCCGGAGCCAGCGGAGGCGGAGGCGGAACAGCGGACCCCGUGCCCUGGCGACAUUUGAGAUCCAGCAGGUCAAGGCAAGAUCCCUUGGACUGGGCAGACACACCCAUCCAGCCCUGACAGAAUCAAGAUGAGGCCUUAUCAUGUCCCCCCAGUGAGGCCCACAGCCUGAGCAGAUACUAUGGCCUACCACGGGCAGUGAGCGAGUACCAUGGCUGCAGGAGGUGGUCGGGCCUUUGCUUGGCAGGUGUUCCCCCCAAUGCCGACUUGCCGGGUAUAUGGUACAGUGGCACACCAGGACGGACACCUGCUGGUGUUGGGGGGCUGUGGCCGGGCUGGGUUACCUCUGGAUACUGCUGAGACUCUGGACAUGGGCUCACACACAUGGCUAGCACUAGCACCCCUGCCCACUGCCCGGGCUGGUGCCGCUGCUGUGGUUCUGGGUAAGCAGGUGCUAGUGGUAGGCGGCGUGGACGAAGUCCAAAGCCCAGUAGCUGCUGUGGAGGCCUUCUUGGCUGACGAAGGCCGCUGGGAGCGCCGGGCUACCCUCCCUCAAGCGGCCAUGGGUGUUGCGACUGUGGAGAGAGAUGGUAUGGUGUAUGCUCUGGGGGGAAUGGGUCCUGACACGGCCCCCCAGGCCCAGGUACUGGUAUAUGAGCCCCGCCGGGACUGCUGGCUUUCGCUACCCUCCAUGCCCACACCCUGCUAUGGGGCCUCCACCUUCCUGCACGGGAACAAGAUCUAUGUCUUGGGAGGCCGCCAGGGCAAGCUCCCAGUGACUGCUUUUGAAGCUUUUGAUCUGGAGACCCGUACAUGGACCCGACACCCAAGCCUGCCCAGUCGCAGAGCUUUUGCUGGCUGUGCUAUGGCCGAAGGCAGUGUCUUUAGCCUGGGUGGCCUGCAGCAGCCUGGGCCCCACAAUUUCUACUCCCGGCCGCACUUUGUCAACACUGUGGAGAUGUUUGACCUGGAGCAUGGCUCCUGGACUAAGCUGCCUCGUAGCCUGCGGAUGAGGGAUAAGAGGGCUGACUUUGUGGUUGGCUCCCUUGGGGGCAACAUUGUGGCUAUUGGGGGCCUUGGGAACCAGCCAUGCCCUUUGGCCUCCGUGGAGAGCUUCAGUCUUGCACGGAGACGCUGGGAGGUGCUGCCUGCCAUGCCUACGGCCCGAUGCUCCUGCUCCAGCCUCCAGGCUGGGCCACGACUGUUUGUUAUUGGGGGUGUGGCUCAGGGCCCAAGUCAAGCGGUGGAAGCACUGUGUCUACGGGAUGGAGUCUGAAGACCUGGUGAGACCCAUCUACCAGGGCAGCUCACUAUAGAAGCAGAUCGGGCUCCUUUUUGAUGCUGAGGGUGCUCCCCAUGGCUCUGUGGGAUGAGGGAGGCACAGGAGAGGGCACCUGAGUUACCGCCUCAGGAGCUUGGGUUGGGGAGCCUUUGUCUUUAGCAUAGGACACACAUGCUCACACCUAUUUUUAUCACCAUCCACUCACGAACCAUAGCUAGCUCCACCUAUGCCCUAGAAGUUACUAGGCCCUCUGUCAACUCUGACACGUGAAGAGCAGAGCAUUGGCCUCACGGUCUACAGCUUAGGCCCUAAGAGCUGACCAGGCCUUCUCCAGUGGCCAGUCUGGAAAAGUCUGAGCUUCCAGCCUUCCUGGAGGGGUUCCUGGGGACCCCAGGAGUAUUCUGAGGAUGGAAAUCACAGAAGAAACAAAGGAGAGAAUGUGGGGACUGCCAGGGGGGCCAGUGGAUCCCUGGCCUUCUUGUCUGUACUAAGGCUUGUGUGACCUGGGGCAGGUCAUUUCACCUCUCUGUGCCUCGGUAUCCUCAUCUGUAAAUGGGGAUCUCUGAAACUUUCCUGCCCGACCUACCUCACAGGGCUGUUGUGAGGACCCAGGGAGUUUUGAUGUAGAAAUAAAAAUACUGCUCAAAU